AUGUGUAUAAGAUCCAUAAUAAAAUAUAUUUCGACUAGACAUCGGACCAAACAAAUAUUUUUUUCAUAUAUGUACAUAUUUUCAGAUAUCAAAUAUUUUGAGUUGAUAUUUGGUUUUGCUGUUUGUCCGAUCUCUAAUCCCGACUAUGAUUUUUUAAUUUAUAAUACAGUUUUUUUUUAUUUUCUAAGUAUCAAUAUAUUUGUUGGAAUUUUUGUGGAUUUUGGGAAACCUCUAAGGUGGAAAUUAUUAAAUUUAUAA